GGAAAAUAUCAAAGGUGAUCUUAGGACACGCAGACGUCGGAGACAGACGAGGACCUGUAAGAGUUGUGUUCAGCAUCUCUGAAUGGCAAGCCCUGUGAAUGGAGCAGAACCCCCCAGAGAGCGCCCGAGGUUGAAGCUGAAGCCUAGAGAUGAAGCCGCUGCACAGCGUGCAACGAUUGAGAGAGCUGCUAGUGGCAAAUCGAAUCCCUUUGGAGCAGCGAAGCCCAGGGAGUCUAUCCUGGCCAAUCGUGUGGGCAAGAAGGAGGAGGACAUCUUGAAGGAGGAAGUGCUGAAAGAGAAACUUGCCCUUCGCCUGACGCCAGACCAAAUCGAAGCCAAAAAAGCACUGGAAGCUGCUGUGGAGGAAGUUAAGCAGGAUCUGGAGGUCGAGGAUGAUGCGACCAAGAAAGAGGCUCUGCAGGUUGAGUUGAAGGAUCGCGAAAGCAAGCUUGACGGCCUCAUGGAGCAGUUCGAGAAAAUGGCGGUGGACCGUGCCAAGAGCGGGGAAAUCGGCGUCAGGCCAUCAGAGAGACGCCGCCAAGUCGAGGAAGCUCAGCUUGCAGCCGGAGGAUUCGCUGGCGGCCGUCCCGAUGGCUACGGGGGUGGCCGUGGAUUUGCUGGCCGCGGAGGGUACGACUAUGGCAAUGGUGGUCAGCGAGGUGGCCGAGGAGGAGGAGGAGGAUUCGGGCGCUAUGACUCGUACCAGCAGGCGGAAGGCGGAGGCAGCUACGGGAGCACUUACAAGGAGACAGGAAGCUACGACAGCUACGGCCAGGGAGGCUACACACCCGCGCCCAGCUACGGCGACAACAAUGGCUACGGCCGUGGCGGCGGCCGUGGCGGCCGUGGCGGUGGCCGCACGGACUCUGCCGGCCUGUACGACCGUUUCGGCGGCGGCUACGGUGCAGCCCCAGCCGAGUUUGGCGCGGCAGGCGCGGGCGGGUUUGACACCGCAGGAGAGGUGGAAUACCAGAGCCCCUAUGCUCGCCAGGAUCGCUUCUAGGGCGCUCCGUGCCAGCGCACUGCCCUGUCGAGAGUGGUUGUGGAUCCGCGCCUGCCGCCGUGCCGCCUGUGCGCUGAAGUGACGUUUCCUGUCUUAGCAGUGUUUGCCUGCUCCUCUGUACAAUGUGCCGCUGCUUGUAUGAGCUCAAUGCGCAGCUGGCCGUGAGGAGGAAGCAUGUCGUCAAUGUUUGCUGCUUCAUGUUUAUUUUCUGUUUUGCGCUCGGCUGAAUACCCUUGUGUGACACGGUUAAAUGAUCCCCUGUAGAUUGGGCAUGCAUACAGCUCAGGCUGAGCUGUCAAAUGUGGAUUAAAAACUGCCACAUGCGAAUGGAUCAGUGAAGCAAGCAUUAAUGUCGCAACUUUUGAUUAAAAUUGCGGAUCCUGUAAUGAGACAUUG